UGUCCCAUCGUGAUCAGGUCCAGGAGGGAAUAAUGCAGCUGCUGGAAUAGCCCAGUCUCAGUCUCGAGCAAUGAUUGCUGCUGCUGCCCGCCGCAGAGACAGCAGUCAUAACGAACUCUACUACGAAGAGGCAGAGCAUGAGAGACGUGUCCGCAAACGCAAGGCUAGGCUGGUGGUGGCAGUCGAGGAGGCGUUUACACACAUUCGUCGCAUGCAAGAGGAGGAAAAGAAAAAGGCACCUGGUGACGUGAUGGACCCACGUGAGGCAGCUCAAGCCAUCUUCCCUUCCAUGGCCAGAGCACUGCAGAAAUACCUCCGUACCACCAGACAGCAGCACCUCCACAGCAUGGAGAGCAUACAGCAGCACUUAGCUUUCUGCAUCACAAACAACAUGACACCCAAGGCAUUUCUGGAGAGUUACCUGACCACAGGCCCUACACUGCAGUAUGGAAAGGACCGCUGGCUUGCCAGGCAGUGGACCCUUAUCAGCGAAGCCUCAGUUACCAGUGGUCUGAAAGAUGGGACCAUUUUUCUGCUAAAAUGCAUUGACUUUAGCCUAGUAGUCACUACCAAAAAGAUACCUUAUAUUAAGCUUGAUGAAGAAUUCAUUGACCCAAAGUCACACAAAUUUGUGCUUCGACUGCAGUCUGAGACUUCAGUUUAGAGAUUUUUUUUUUCUCAGAUUUUCUUCUGGGAUAUAUUUUUAUUCCACUUUCAAGUAAUAUAUAUGUAUAUCAAAUGUUUAAAAAUAUUUCUUUUUCUUUUAUGAAUUUGUUUUGUUCAUGCUUAAAUGUUCAUUGGAAUUAACACGUUUGCAGUCAAACCAAAAAAAAAAAAAAGUCAUAUCAGAUAAAACUGUUAUGGAGGUUAAAUAUAAUUUCUGACACUACCUAUUAAUGUUUGUAAAAUACAGAAACAGUAAAGGAUGGCGGAUAGUGGGUGCAGUCAAAUACUUUUUCAGUGGACCACAGAGAGAUGAAUGGACUCAAAUGGGCACAUUUUCUCUGCCUUGCUACUCUUUAUAAAAACACUCUGGGAAUAUGAUCUGCAGACAUUCUGCAAGAUCCACAAUAGUGCAGUUGGAGCUGAAAAGAUGAGACUUUCAGGAACAUUGGCCAAUUACUUUAUCGUUAUAGUAACAGGUUUUCCCAUCAUAACGUUCACAAGCACAUCUUCUCAGACAAAUGACCUACUACUACUGUAAAUGCACAUCAAACAUUUCCAAGGCACAUUUAUAACAGUCUUGUUUGUGCUAAUAGGACACGUCUUUGUUUAUAUAAAUAUAUAACAUUACACAAUUAAAAUUAUGCAAAAAGUAUGUCAUAUUUUUGACUCACAGUUUAUCACUGACUUUUUAAUCUUAUAAUUGUGAUUUAAGUAAAAACUUAAAUAAUUAUGAAAUAAAAUGUAGUUAUUAGAUUAAAAAUAAUAAUGAAAAAAAUGAAGUAGGCCAGAGUUUUUACAAAAAGUCAAAAUUCGAAUAAUUAUGACAUGAAAAGCUGAUAUUUAAAUUAAGCUCUUGGUGAGAUAUAAAAUCUGGUGAGAUUUUUUUUUUUUAAUGGAUGCAAAUACAGUUAAGCUAAUGGUGCUGAAGGAUACUGUCAAGUUUUUUGAGAAAUUAACAGAGAACAUGUACCUAUUUUUCUUUGUGGCACAAUUCUUCUUUUUUUUUCUCGUGACAAUUAGAAAUAUGAUCACUAAAACCAUAUGCUUAAAUCCCAGAUCUCUGGGAAUAAAGAGCUGCUUGGCCUGUACUCUGCAUGUCAUGUAUUUUAAGAGGUGCACUUUCCAAGCAGACUGUAGGGAGUUGUAAUUGGACAUGGACUCAAUUUGAGCUGUUCAGAUGAGUAGAUGUGUAAUCUCUUGUGUCCUGUCCUGUUUCUUGUUCUAUGCCUUACAGCAGUGUAGCUAUAAAAACUGUCCCAAACAGCUCAUGAGAAUGUCAUGAAGGUCUAUGAAAUUAAAGAAUGUCCCCGCAGAGAACUAGAAUGUUUUGUCUGCCAAUGUUGAGAUACUGCUGAGAAACAACUGGUCAUGAUCACUGGUCAUUUUACCUUGAUUUAGAAUGUUGCUGUCAGCCCUUGUUAAGGACCGCAAAAUUGUUCUAAAACUGAUUUUUUCAGAGUGGGUAAUUUUAAAAGGAUUGUUAUCACAAGUGUUCAAAUAUCAUGUCAUAUCUAUGCAGAACAUAAAAUUUAAUUUUCUAUUUAUUUAGAAAGAAUAGACUGCCUGAAAUAUAUAUCAGUUAAAGGGAUAAAUUACCCAACAUUUCUCACAACUUCUCCUUUUGUGUUCCACUUUACUUUUACUUUUACUUAUCACUUGACAUUUUUCUGUCAUUGGAAGAAUUAACAAUCACAGCACCC